UUUAUUGAGGAAACGUGAAAAUGGAUCUAAAGGGGUUCUUCGGUGGAAAGGAAAGGACGUUCCGGCCAAAGAAGAAGUUUGAGCCGGGAACGUUACGGUAUCAACUUCAUAAGAAGGCGAUGGCGUCGUUGAACUCCGGCCUUGAUCUGAAGGCGGUGGUAGCUUUACCAGCAGAAGAGGACCUCAAUGAUUGGCUAGCUGUUCAUGUUGUUGAUUUCUUCAAUCGUAUUAAUCUCAUCUAUGGUACGAUAUGUGAAUACUGCACUGAUGAUUCCUGUCCAAUCAUGUCUGGUGGACCAAGGUAUGAGUAUAUGUGGUGCGACGGUGAAAAGUUCAAGAAGCCGACAGCCCUCCCGGCUAAUAAGUACAUCUCACACCUUAUGGAAUGGGUGGAGACACUCAUAAACAAAGAAACCGUCUUCCCCGUUAAUGUUGAUGUACCAUUCCCAAAGAACUUUGUCAACACAUGCAAGAACAUUCUGAAGAGACUUCAUCGAGUCUUCGUUCACGUCUACAUCCACCAUUUUGAGAACUUAGUCGCAAUAGGAGCGGAAGCCCACAUCAACACCUGUUACAAACAUUUCUACUACUUUGUCCGAGAAUUCAACCUCAUUGAUGGAAAAGAGUUAGAACCUUUGAGAGAGAUGACUAUGAAGAUCUGUCAUUGAUAGAAACUCCCCUCCCUCCAACCCCCUCAUGUUGCCAAAAUCUUUCCAAGAAAGUCUUGAUAUGGACCAGAACCCCGGACCAUCAGAUGUUAUGUUCACAACCUCAACCUCAUGCAUAAAUACAUUUGUACCGUUCCCUCGACAUCAGUAUGGGUUCCAGUCCUGAUGUGCCAUCUUUUAUUUUGAUAUACUCCACCAUGCUUCUCCAAGGCCUUUUGGCAUUCCCCAUGACAACCUGCGAGGGGAAGUUUAUCAUCUGUGGUUGGAUUCAAACCUUGUGGCAGAUAAUACACUCCACCAUGUUGCCACUCUAAGUCCAUUUGAAAAUCUGCAAGGGCAAGUUUCUCUUUGAGCGCUGUUUAAUCUUGGGUUGGAUUCGAACCUAGGACCGUCAGAGUCAGAACACACUCCACCAUGUUUGCUACUGCAAGGCCUUUUGGAACCACAAAAAACCUGCAAGGGCAAGUUUGUCAUCUGGGGUUGGAUCUGAACCUAGUACCGUCACAGUAAGAUUUUUUCUCAAGUUAAGCUACUGUAAUUAUUUGGGAUACUUCUAUUUGAAUGGUUUGGAUUUAUACCCAGUACCGCCAGUGCCAAUCCAAGGAUUGCAACAUGCUAUUAGAGAAACUUCUACAAAAAGAAACUUCUCCAUUGUAGAUGUGACACCAAGAAAGGUGCAUCGCUUAGGUUUGGAUUUUAACCCAGUACCGCCAGUGCCAAUCCAAGGAUUGCAACAUGCUAUUAGAGAAACUUCUACAAAAAGAAACUUCUCCAUUGUAGAUGUGACACCAAGAAAGGUGCAUCGCUUAGGUUUGGAUUUGAACCCAGUACCUUCAGAGUAGAGUGUAAAGCUUAGGACUGCAACAUUAUAUCAGAGAAGCUUUUACAUUGCACAUGUGUCAUCCAGAAAAUUCAUCGCUUUGGUUUAGAUCUGAACCCAAUACCGUCGCAAUAGAAUGCCAAGCUCAGGAUUGCAAUAUGCUAUUAGAGAAACUUCUGCAUUGAAGACACGACACCAAGAAAGUUCAUCGCUUGUGUUUAGAUUUGAACCCAGUACCGUCAGAAUAGAGAGUCAAGCAAUGGCACUGCAUCACACUAUUUGAGAAACUUAAGCAUUGUAGACACGACACCAAGAAAGUUCAUCGCUUGUGUUUAGAUUUGAACCCAGUACCGUCAGAAUAGAGAGUCAAGCAAUGGAACUGCAUCACACUUACAGAGAAACUUCUGCAUUGUAGACACGACACCAAGAAAAGUUCACCGCUUGUGUUUAGUUUUGAACCAAGUACCGACAGGAUCAGCUUUAUCAAGCACUACUGGGGGAAAUGUCUUAAGAAGCACCUAGUAAGUACAUACACUUCACUUGUCCGUCAGCAUAUCCCAGGUUCAAAUCCAUCUGUUGAGUUAAACUUGUUGCUUUUAAAACAGGAAUCUAAAUUUGGAGUCUACUUUCCUGACAAAACAAAGUAUUUUCUGAGUUUGUUUUACUCACACUUACAUGUAUAGAGGUACAUUUAGGAGCAAAUGUGAUGCGAUCAAGCAAUGUGAGUCGUUUAUCGGCCCAGGUCAUUUAAAAAAGAAAAUUAAGAAAACUUGGAACAGGUGGUUUAGAAUUUAGUUGUUUCUUGAAAAUACAUUGCCACAAUUUCUUUCAAUGCUAAUAUUAACCCCUUUUUGAUGUAACUUAUCAGGAUUGAAAUAGCCAGUAUGUAUUAAAAUACAUUUUGGCAUGCAUUCAAACUUAGCAGUAACAAAUUUGAAAGUUAAUCUCCUGUGGCUUAAAUCAUUUGCAGUACCCGCUGCUAAAACCUAGGAUUUAAACUGCCUCUAGCUGCCGGGCAAUCUCGGUGGUCUAGUUGGUA